AUUUGACAGUUGAAGCUAACCGAGAGCUGACGGAGAUCCGAAAAGAGCUGUUACACGAACUAAAAGAAAGAAAUCAGACAUUGGCUUCGGAAAAUCAGGUCAUUGCCCAUCAGACUCACAGCUUGACGCAGCAGCUGGAGGGGAUGAAGCUUAAAGUGGAACGACUGGAAAAAGAAAAUCAUAAGCAGCAAGAAGUUGACAAUAGCCAAGCCAGGGAAGAUGAAAAAGCGGAACUGCGUUUACUUAGGCAGCAUGCUCAGGAACUAGUGGAUGAAAAUGAUGCUUUGAAAAUGACCAUCCAUCGCUUAAAUGUAGAACUUAGCUGCUAUCAAACCAAAUUCAGGCCGAUACAUAACGAGAUAUCCUGUAAUACUGGCCUUCCAGCAUCAGGACCACCACCACCCUGGCUUGUGGACAUGAAAUUCUUGUCACCCCUACUUUUGGCCUAUGAGGACCGAUUACGGGAAAAGGAUGCUGCAUUGCAAGUACAUGAG